GCAGGGUGAAAAAAAGGGGUCGAGUUCAACGCUCAACUCUGGUCAAUCAACAAUUCUUGCGAACACCAGUCUACACCCACCUAUUCCUCAACUGCGACCCCGUCCGAAGCCUGGUGGCGACUGCCCAUCCUCCCGCCACCCGAUCCGACCUUUUCCCGUUCCUCCCUGCCUCUACCCACCGAGUCAACAAACGGCCGACUGCAAUAAACAACAGAGCAGCGGCUCGACCAAGUCUAUGGCUUCGUCAGCUGGCCGCUAGACUCCUAAGCCCGGCAAACGCCGCCCCUCGCCCGCCCUGGACAUGCACCAGCCGAGCGUUGGUCCAGCGCUAUAUGACAAUGCUCCCGCCAGAAGGCGACUCGAUCGCCACCACGCUCCCAUGUCGUCGAGGUCGAGGCUACGAUGGUUGUUCGCCCUCGCCCUCGCCGCCUGCCGCUCUCUCCCAACUGCUCACGCCGUUGGUGUGCAGUUUCUGCCCUGUGACGUCGUGGACGGUAUCGCUGUCAGCACUAAUGCCAGCAAUGGGACCGCUGGACUCGUUCCCUAUGUCCGGAGCGUCAAUACGAAGCUCUUACCUGGGCCCGCUGAAGCCGGCUCCGGAACCAGUACCGGCCACCAGCUGAGUCUGGUCCUCGACAUCGAACCCAAGGCUAGCCUAUCAUGUGAGGACCAAGCGAGACAGCCCUGGAACCUGUCUCUCGGUGUCACUGCACUGGGACUUUCGCUCUCCAAAAGGGGCAGCCCCCAAAACGUCUCUUGUUACUUGGCGUCCUACCCACCAAACAACACUAAACCUUUCGACUACGGACCCAAAUUGAUGGUGAAAUCCCAAGUUGACGUCGGCCCACUUGGCGUGCUCCCGACCUUUGCCUUGCGAGUAUCGUUCGAGUCUGGUCCUCAGGGGCCCAAGUCGCCAAUCUGCAUAUACGCCGAGAUCACACCGGCGCUCUCCGACACCAUCGCACUCGCGGCGCGGAUCGUUCCCAUCCUCAUCUUCGUACUGGUGGUCGUCUCAGGCUUCCUCACAACCAUGUAUAAGCAGCCGAUCGUGGUGGACAUGGCGCAUAGCCGUUGGGCGGGCCAGGUACCGCUACAGGAGCACCCGGAGUCUCCGCCGGCCAGAGCGAUCCUUCCUGGUGUGGGGGACUGUCUACUGCACCUGCAGUUUAUAUUCCUCAUGGGAGCCCUGACGGUCCGAUACCCCGGCUUUUACCAGCCUGUUGUCAGUAAAAUGAACUGGGCUGUCCUCUUCAGCCCCAGUGGCCCCAUCGGCAUGCAAGCAGUCUCCGACGGUGUUGGAGAUGGCAUCUACUGGAUCAACGGCACUCUCACCGGUACCGACGGCAUCUCGCUCCUGUCUCAGGUCUCGGGAACGGCCAUGACAACCUAUGUGUUUUGGAACAUGCUCCUUCUGGCCGGCCUUGUCGCCAUUGCUGUCGCGCUGGUGCUCAAAAUCUCCCCCAUGGUGCCGUCCAUCCGUGCCAAGUUUACAGCCUCGCCCGAUGCCGAGGCGCGGCCUCACCAGACUGCCAUGCGCACCACAUGGAACGUCCUCCGAGUGGUAUUCAGCUAUUUUCUGCAGCCCUUGGUUGCGUUCAUGACGUACCAACUUACCAGCAAUAUUCUACCGGUGUGGCAACUGGUGUUGAUUGUGACGCUGAUGGUGCUGGUGAUAUGCGGCAUCGCGUGGGUGUCGACCGCCGCUCCCCUGAACCAGCUCGGCACUCUGCUGCUUGGCGGCUCCAAGAAGAAGUACCGCUCGCUGCAUCAGGGCGCCGGGAAUGAUGGCCAAGCUGGCGAGGCAACUCGCCAUCGUUGGUUUGACAGCCGCGCCAGCUUCACCAUAAUUUUCUUCGUCGUUGCCUUUAUGAGAGGCGCCAUGAUUGGAGGGGUCCAGUCCAACCCCAUAGGCCAGCUUGCCAUCAUGGCCCUGCUCGAGUUUGUCCUCCUCGCCAGCACGGCGAUCCUCAACCCCUUCCCUAGCUUCGCCCUGGUCUUCAUCUGUUCCUGCCUUGCGCGACUGGCCGUUGUGGUCCUCACCAUCAUCUUCCUGCCUCAGCUGCGCGCCGACAUCGGGACUAGGAUGGCCGUAGGGUACACCAUCUUGGCUAUUCACGCCGCAGUGUUGCUCUUCGCAUGCGCAGUGCCUGCAGUGCUGCGCCUGGCGCGGGUAUGGUUCAGGAACAUGGCGGUGUUUGACGAGCCCGAGAUCUACGGUGUCAGCCAGCUCACCCGUCGUCGAACCAACUAUUCCAACGGCCUCCGCGCUCCCGAGCAGGGUCGUGAUGGCGGUCGGCGGUCCAUGGACCCGCGAGCCCCCGCCACCCCGCUUCUCUCUCCGCACAGCCCUCAUAACUCGGGCGAUGCAGGAAUCUCGGUCACUGUCCGCACCGUUCCACAGCACCACGCCUUCCGUGCCCCCCGCACUCAGCCCUCGCUAGCAUCUCUGUCGUCGUACACCGGAGGCUUGACCCCGCUGGAUGGGAGCCAUCCGCGAUCGCCGCUAACACCCGCGGUCAACGACGCGUCCGCGCACCUCUUCUCAUCGCAGACGCGAGAUGCAUCCCUAGAUCCCACCGGCAAGCCGUGGCGACGACAGUCGUCUGAGUCUUUGCGCUCCGACGGGGCCACCCUCGUCAACGCCGAGGCGCCGGUGCCGCUCCAGAAGGCACAUGCGCCUCUCGCGUCGCGCUGGAAGGACUACUCGUUCCGGGAGGCCGACUUGUACUACGGCACACCACCUCCGGACGACGACGACGACGAUGACAAGGAAGUUCGCGGCGGCGGCCCGUCCUCCUCGUCACUGUCGUCUCGCCCCAAGAAGCCGACCGUCUGGGUCCAGCUGACGACCAGGAGGGCGGCCUCUGCGGGCAACAGCAGCGGGAGCAGCGACAGCGGAAGCAAAAAGGGGUUCGAGGUUCGAAGACCGCCAAGGCCACCGGGGAUGGCGCCGCCAGCUUCCAUGGCCAAGCCAUCAACCCCAGCCCCAGCUGCUUCUUCCAAUUCCCAUUAGCGUCCCCUGAGGCGCUUCUAUAUAAUAGUUGGAUGUACCUAUCUAAACCAUGUACAUACUGUAUGCAUCUGGUGCUUUGGCACUUGUAUUUUCUCGUUUCCUCCCCAGUUGGAUAUAUAGGAUGGGUCCAUGGCAAUGAGCGCCCUGAAAGGCAUGCUCAGUUUGCACCAUAUAAGCCUGGAGUUUUGCUGCAUUCGCAUUAUAAUUUAGCGUUUUUGAUUUCACUGCGCUCCCCGG